ACACUCUCAAUCCUUCAAAAUCUCAACUCCACCUACCAUUUUUCACCUGCUAUCUUCUUCACAUUUCACUCCCAUCCCUCUCACACUCACACUUUCUGUUUGAUUCAGAUUCAACCUUCAACCACCAUGGCAGAACAAGAGGGUGGCGAUACGGUCCCAAAAACUUCAUCUUUGACUCCCUAUGAAGAAGCAAUGGAGGCUUUGUCGUCUUUGAUCACUAGACGCACUCGUGCUGAUAGUACCAACAUGGGGGAUCAGUUCAACGUGAUGUUUGAGUACCUUAAGAUGUUGGAUUUGGAGGAGGAUAUUUCAAAGAUGAAGAUUAUCCAUGUGGCUGGUACCAAAGGGAAGGGGUCUACAUGCACCUUUUCAGAAUCUAUAUUACGUAACUGCGGUUUUCACACUGGACUCUUUACAUCGCCUCACCUUAUUGAUAUCCGAGAACGAUUUCGUUUAGAUGGUCUGGAAAUCUGUGAAGAUAAAUUUUUAGCAUACUUCUGGUGGUGUUAUGAUAGACUAAAGGAAAAAACUGACGAUAAUAUUCCAAUGCCUCCCUAUUUUCGUUUCCUUGCUUUACUUGCCUUCAAGAUAUUUGCAGCAGAACAGGUAGAUGUUGCUAUAAUGGAGGUUGGAUUAGGUGGCAAAUAUGAUGCGACAAAUGUGGUUCAUAAACCUAUUGUGUGUGGAAUAACUUCCCUUGGAUAUGACCACAUGGAGAUUCUUGGGAAUACUCUUGGAGAAAUUGCUGGUGAGAAGGCUGGUAUCUUCAAGGAUCGGAUUCCAGCUUUUACAACACCACAACCUGAUGAAGCCAUGCAUGUUCUUGAAGAGAAGGCUUCUCAGUUAAAUGUACCUCUUCAAGUGGUGCCCCCAUUAGAUGCCAAAUUGCUAAAUGGUUUAAGACUUGGUCUUGAAGGUGAGCAUCAAUAUUUAAAUGCUGCUCUUGCCAUUGCACUGUGCAAUACAUGGCUAAAAAGGACUGGGCAUCUUGGAGACACUUUCUUGGAGCAAACUGACCAUUUGCCAGAGCAGUUCAUUAAAGGGUUAACAUGUGCUAGUUUGCAAGGAAGGGCUCAGAUUGUUCCUGACCAACUCAUCAAGAGUGAAAGAUCAGAUGAGCUUGUUUUCUUUUUGGAUGGAGCUCAUAGUCCUGAAAGCAUGGAAGUAUGUGCAAGGUGGUUUUCUCUUGCCAUUAAAGAAUACAACCCGGACAAGACCUUGUUUCAUCAGCAACCUGAUAGUUCUAAACUCUCACAUGAAGUAGUGAAGAUGCGCCAAAUAGGAGACCAGCGAAAACCCACUCCGAUAUUGCUGUUCAACUGUUUGACAGUUCGAGAUCCUCAGCUGCUUCUUCCUCGCCUGAUGAAAACAUGUGCUGAUCAUGGUGUCUACUUCCAGAAGGCGCUCUUUGUACCAAGUUUAUCUGUAUACAACAAGGUUGGACCCCAGGCUUUAACACCAACUGAUUCUAAAGUUGAUCUGUCUUGGCAGUUCAAUCUUCAAAGAGUGUGGGAAAAUCUCAUUGAAGGCAACAAAGGUAAAAUUACUGAAAUUGUUUCUGAAGAACUAAAAGAUGAUUUGGAAAUGAGUGCCAGCAAUUGUGAACAUAGCGCAGUGUUUUCCUCAUUGCCAAUAGCAAUCAAGUGGCUCAGGGACAGAGUGCAACAAAAUCAAUCAGUUCGUUUCCAGGUCCUUGUGACUGGUUCUUUACAUCUUGUUGGUGACGUGUUGAAAUUAGUCAAGAAGUGAUUCGUUCUGGCAAAGUUGAAGUUUUCUUGAAGAUGAUUAAGAGGCUUUCAUUAUAAUUUGGAAUCACUUGAAGUGCUAAUAUUCAUGAAGUUAAUCCAGAUGAUGGGUUUUCUUGGCAUUAACUCAGUUUAUUGCAGACCUAGUAGUGCACUUUGAUUCAGAAAGUCCCAACAGAAGACGUUUGAUACGUCCACUCCAUUGAUUCAACCUCAGGGGACUUUCCUCAGAAAAUGUAGAUUCAUUUUCACUAUAUUCAAGGUUUUGUAAUACGUCCAAGCCCAAAAAAGUGUUAGUAUGUGUUUGGAUAUCAGUUGAGUGCAAUGAAGAUGGACUUUUUUUCAUCUCAUCCAUAAUACUAUAAGAAUUUCAUUCAUUUUUUAGAGUAAUGAUAUAUACACACCUCAUCGUUUAAACACUU